CCAGCUGCCCUCAGUUCCAAUGUGGAAGUCAGAGCGUGUUGUGUCCUGCUGUCCUUCUCUCGUGCUCCAAUUAAGACAAUUAUUAUGGCUCUAAAUAUUUCCGAUCGAUACUAUUUCAAGCAUAAUGUCGGCGGCUUGGAACGUUUGCUGUGGUCCAUCGAAUUUCUUGAAGCGUCAGGUGAGAAUUUAGACAUCGACAACGAGCGAUUUAUCAGGACCUUGGCAGGAAUGGUGUCCACAGCAUUCAAAAGCAGGUAUGCGGCACAUGUGCUGCGCCAAUUCAUCAUGUUAGAAGGCGGAUUCGAGGGUAUCAUGCGGAGGAAGCCGUACUAUUACUCCAUGAAUGUUGCAGCCCGUUUCUUCUCUGAGCAUGUUGUCGCAACGUUUCGUGAUCAAUUUCCGCUCGAACGAAUAAAAAACAAGGAGGCUGUCCGCAUUCUCAUGGUGCUGUACAGAGCGAACAUUUCCCAAUUGAAGCGCUUGAUCAACGUGACGGGUAAAAAGUUGGAAAAAACAAAACUUUUGACCGAACGGGUCAAACGCUCCAAAUCGUCGAUCUUACACAGUGGGCGUCUAUUGAAACAUCACCUGGACAGAUUUAAAAAGACAACGUUGUUGACGGAUAAAUUCAUGAGGGGUCAAUUGAAAUGCACAUUGCAUAAGGUGCUCAACACGUAUACGCCGAAUGAAAUUGUGUCCAAGAAUUACAAAGAUUUCAUUCACGUUCAUCAUCAGCUGGACGAAAGCACGGUCGACUCCGAUAAUGAAUGAAAACAAAUGUCAUGCGCCUAAUUGUAAAUGUUUUUUCAAAUGGUGUCGUAACACUGUCUACAAGCGGUGUUUGAGUAUGUUACAAUAUUUGUAAUUAUUUGUUGCUAGUUUUUUUUUAUCUAUUUAUAACGAGAAUAUUUGUUUGUAUAAUCAUGUAUGCGCAUUUUGUUUAAUAAAUGGAACGUUUAAAAUUUGUA